AAAAAAUUGGUCGCGUCUGUUGCAUUUUUAGCAAGUAAAAAUAAAUUAUUGAUAUUCAUUAGUUUCUCUCGCACUAAACUAAAGAAUAAUGGUGAAGUUAACAACUGAAUUAAUUCAAAAUUCCAUGCAGUACAUGAAUCCCUGCAGGGACCGUGAAUUGGAUUUAAGAGGUUAUAAAAUACCACAAAUUGAAAAUAUGGGUGCCACACUGGAUCAAUUUGAUACAAUAGAUUUCUCUGACAAUGAUAUAAGAAAAUUAGAUGGAUUUCCCCUCCUGAAAAGACUAAAAUGUUUAUUACUAAACAACAAUAGGAUUGUGAGACUCGGUGAAAAUCUGGAACAGUAUUUACCAAACUUGGAAACAUUGGUACUUACCAAUAACAAUAUCACAGAACUUGGAGAUUUAGAUCCAUUAGCAACUAUUCCUAAAUUACGAAGUUUAUCUCUUAUGCAUAAUCCAGUGGCAAAUAAACAACAUUAUAGAGCUUAUGUAGCUUUCAAAUUACCUGAACUAAGAUUAUUAGACUUUAGAAAAAUAAAACAAAAGGAAAGAGAUGAAGCAGAAACAUUCUUCAAAAGCAAGAAAGGGAAAGAAGUCCAUAAAGAGAUUUCUAGAAAAGCUAAAACAUUUGUACCGGGCGGUAAUUUGCCUGAUCCCAAAAUUACAAGCCUUACUCCACAAGAGAUCCACAAGAUCAGAGAGGCAAUCAAAAAUGCUUCUUCACUACAAGAGGUGGAAAGGUUGACAAGAAUGUUGCAGUCAGGCCAAAUACCUGGUCAAAAACCAUUGCAACCUCAAACACAAAACAAUGGCCAACAAGGGGAAGAAGAAGAAAUGGAUACAGACCAGAUAAAUGGCCAGUGAUGAGUUUGAGUUGAGAAUGGAAUACCUGCUACAUUAUUAUUUUAAGGGUUUGUUUAUGUUAAGGUUUCAAGCUAUAGAAACAACAUUCAAUAACAGUUUACUCAAAGUUAAUACUACCUUAUUUAAUUCCUUUAUUCCUUCUGAUCAUUCAUAGUGGACAUGGAAAGCAAGCAGGCAUAGUUAUCUUUAUUAUCCC